GCGGAGGGGAAGCGUCAUCAUUGAGCGUGCUGCGUACGUGCGCGCGCCCUCCCGCCCGCCCGCGUCGCUGCAGCAGCUGCAGCCAUGAGCGGGCCGUGCGCGCCCCCGCCGCUGCCGCCGUCGUUGUUUCCUCUGUGAGGGACGCCGAAGCUGCCUUAUGUUGACCAUGAGUCUUGUCAUGAUAAGUGAGAAUAUAAAGCUGGCCCGUGAAUAUGCCUUGUUGGGUAAUUAUGAUUCUGCAAUGGUCUACUACCAAGGAGUACUUGAUCAAAUGAACAAAUACCUCUCCUCUGUCAAAGAUGUGUAUCUGCAGCAGAAAUGGCAACAGGUUAAGCAAGAGAUAAGUGUAGAAGCUAAGCAUGUGAAGGAUAUCAUGAAAACACUAGAAGGCUUUAAAUUAGACAGCACUCCUUUGAAAGCUGCACAGCAAGAAUUACCAGCACACGAUGGUGAAGUCUGGUCAUUGCCUGUACCUGCUGAACGUAGAUCUUCACCAGGACCCAGGAAACGUCAUUCUGCUCAGUGUAGUGACUGCAGGGUUCAAAACAACCGGGCAAGUGUAGCACCUAGAGUUCCUCAACGUCCCUCUUCCCGAAACACAAACGAUAAAGGCAAAGUAGUCCGUGGCCGGGAAAAAAAGGAUCCUCAAAAUAAAGGAAAAGAGGAAAAAAAUAAGUCCUCACCGGAUAUUUCAGAACCUGAGCCAAAAAAAUUUGAUAGUACCGGGUAUGAUAAAGACUUGGUAGAAGCUUUGGAAAGAGAUAUAAUUUCCCAAAAUCCCAAUGUUCGAUGGGAUGAUAUCGCUGAUUUAGUGGAUGCUAAAAAGUUACUCAAAGAAGCGGUAGUUUUGCCUAUGUGGAUGCCAGAAUUCUUUAAGGGCAUUAGAAGGCCUUGGAAGGGUGUUUUGAUGGUUGGGCCUCCCGGCACUGGAAAAACUCUCCUUGCAAAAGCUGUAGCUACUGAAUGCAAGACAACCUUUUUCAACAUAUCUUCAUCAACGCUUACUUCAAAAUACAGAGGAGAAUCUGAAAAACUUGUUCGUCUGUUAUUUGAAAUGGCUCGAUUCUAUGCACCAACAACAAUAUUCAUAGAUGAGAUAGAUUCAAUCUGUAGCCGUCGAGGAACUUCUGAGGAGCAUGAAGCUAGUCGAAGGGUGAAGGCAGAAUUAUUAGUUCAAAUGGAUGGUGUUGGAGGGGCUUCUGAAAAUGAUGAUCCUUCCAAAAUGGUUAUGGUACUGGCUGCUACCAAUUUUCCAUGGGAUAUCGAUGAAGCUUUACGACGUAGGUUGGAGAAGAGAAUUUACAUUCCUUUACCAUCAGCAAAAGGUAGAGAGGAACUUCUAAGAAUAAACCUGCGAGAGUUGGAGCUUGCUGAUGAUGUUGACCUUGCCACUAUAGCACAGAAUAUGGAUGGUUAUUCUGGGGCUGACAUUACCAAUGUGUGCAGGGAUGCUUCACUAAUGGCUAUGAGAAGACGUAUUGAAGGUCUGACACCAGAAGAAAUCAGAAAUCUUUCCAGAGAUGAAAUGCAUAUGCCAACAACAAUGGAAGAUUUUGAAAUGGCUUUAAAGAAAGUUUCAAAAUCAGUCUCUGCUGUGGACAUAGAAAAAUAUGAGAAAUGGAUAUUUGAAUUUGGAUCAUGCUAAGCCUUCCUAGCUUGAGAAAGCUGCCUCAGGUCUUCAAACAAUUCCAGAAGUAAUGAAAAAGUAGUGCUCCUGGGCACUGAGUACUAUUUUUUUAACUUUUGUAAUUACACCAAAAAGCAAUACACUUAAUAAUAAAGUUAAUUUUUUAACCUGCA